CGCCGCCCCGCCGCCCCGCCACGAGGGGCGCCCCGCCGCCGCCAUGAACAGGACCAACCUCACCGUGCACCUCACGCCCCCCCUGCCCCGCCGCCCCGCCGGCCCCGCUCCUGGACCCGACCCGCCCCCCUUGGUGCGCCGCGCCUUCAGUCUGGACUCCCUGGGGCGCGCCGCCCCGGCACCAGCCUCGCCCUGCCCCGAGGAGCGGCGCGGGGCGGGGCACCCUACGCGCCGCAGCUUCCUGUCCGUGGCCGUGGGGGGCGCCGCGCCGGGGCAGCGUGGCGAGGUGCUGCUGCAGGCCCCGGCGGCCCCGCUCCGCCCCUGUGUGUCCGAGUACAACUUGGGCGCCGCCCCCGCCACCUCCGAGCCUCCGGGGCGGCCCCCGCAGCGGCCAGGGGGCGCUAAACCCGCCUCGGGGCCCCGGAAGUACAUCUCGGGGCUGCUGCACGCCUUCGGGGCCGCGGCGCCGCGCCUCCGGGGCAGGGCGGCCCCGCCCGCCGCCACGUGCGCCUUGGCGGCCCCGGAGGGGAGAGGCUCCCUCUUGUGGCCUAAAAGCGGCGGGGUGCAGGUGUGCCCGCGCGGCGCCAACAGCCAGAAAUACCCGGCCCCGGGGCCCGCCGCCCCUCACCCCGCCCCGCCCCGCAGGAAUAGCCGUGACUCAGCCCCGGACACCCCCUCCCCCGCCCCCUCCUCCCCCUCCCCCACACCCCCCGCCCGCAGGAGGGGGGUGCGGGCCUUCGCCAGCCGGGCAUUUAUAAACAUUGGCGGAGGUGGGGCGGGGGGCGCCGCGCCCAGCAUCCGGCACACCGCCCCGCCCCGCUCCCUGUCCUGCGAGGCCCUGGACUCACCGCCCCGGACCUGCCCCGCCCCCGCCUGGGCGGCCCCGGCCCCGGCCCCAUGCCCGGCCUGGACGCCCCCCGCCCCGGGGCUGGCCACGCCCACGGCCUGCAUCACCCUGGCGGCCACGGCGCGGGUCACGCCGCUCACCACGACACGCCGCGCCGCGCCGCCCACCCACGCCCACGACCCCGCCACGGCCACCCGCCAAUCGGCCCCGACUGACCCGCCCACGCCCUGUGAUCUCACUGUGACCGCCCCCCCACGCGCCCCAGUGUUUCCCCGGCCCCGCAGCCGCAGCCAGGACAGCCGCCCCGCCCUCGCCCCCGCCCCGUGCCCCGGCUCUGCCCCUGCCCUGCGGCUCCGCGCGCGCUCCGUGUGUGUGCUGGGGGGGGAGGGGCAGGACGGGGCCGCCCCUAACGAGAACCCCAGGCGGGGGGGCAGUCCAGGCUGCCGGCGCCGCCCCCGCCCCCCCUCACUUCCCCCAACGCCCCCAUCCCGCCCCCGCCGGACGCCCCCCGCCGGCCCCGUGUCGUGGUGGCGGUCGUGGGUGGUGGAGGCGCCCCCCUCCCGCUCACCCUCCAGGGACUCCCUCGCCUCUGAGAGCAGCCCCGCCCCCGCCCCGCCCCGCCUGGAGGUGCGCCUGGCGGAGGGGGAGGUGCGGGUGGUGGGGGGGCGGGGCGCGGCGGGGCACGACGCCUCCCCCGACACGGACACGGACACGGACAGCGGGGAGGACGGGGCGGGGGGGCGCGGCUCCCCGGAGUCCUGCCGCUCCACCUCCACCUCGGGGGGGCGCGCGUCCCCCUGCCCCUCCCCCUCCCCCUGUCCCUCCCUGGUGCACGCCGCCCCCUGCUGGGCCACCACGGAGGACGAGCACUCCAGUCUCCCCUCCCCCUCGCCCCCCCGCUCCCCCUCCCCCCCUCGCCCCCACGCCCCCUCACCCCGGAAACUCCCCGAUUUCAGCAUCACCCCCCCCUGGGACACCCCCGCCCCUGUCCCAAACCGCACCCCCACCCCCUACGUAACUCCAAAACCUGACGCCCCACUCCCCAGCUCUUCCCCAAGGCCUGACCCCCUCUUCCCCAGCCCUUCCCCAAUAUCAGAACUCUUCCCCAAUCCUUCCCCAACUUUCGACAGCUUCCCAAAUUCUUCCCCAACGUCACACAACCUCCCCAAGCCUUCCCCAAGCUCAAAUUUAUUCCCUAAUUCUUCCCCAACUUCAGACCUAUUCCCCAACCAUUCCCCAGUAUCAGAGCUCUUCCCCAGUUCUUCCCCAUCAUCAGACUUAUUCCCCAACCAUUCCCCAACGUCAGAUUUAUUCCCCAACCAACCCACAACCUCAAACACCCUCUUCCCCAAUUCUUCCCCAAGUUCAAAUUCAUUCCCCGACUCUUCCCCAACUCCAGACGCCUUCCCCAGCAAAUCCCCAAGCUCAGACACCCUUUUCCCCAGCAAUUCCCCAAAUUUUGAUUCCUUCACGAGUUCGUCCUCAAAUUCCGAGCUAUUCCCCAACCAUUCCCCAAGUCUAGAUUCCUUCCCCAGGUCUUCCCCAACUUUCCCCAACCAACCCCCAAAUAACGACACCUUCCCCAGCCAUUCCCCAAGAUCACACCGCUUCCCCAACUCUUCCCCGACCCGAGACUCCUUCCCCAAGUCUUCCCCAACGCCUGAUAUCUUCCCCAACCCGACCCCAACUCAAGAUUUCCUCCCCAGCCAACCCCCUACAAACGACGCCUUCCCCAACCAUUCCCCAAGAUCAAGCCUCUUCCCCAACCCUUCCCCUGCCUCAGACCUCUUCCCCACUUCUUCCCCAUCUCAAAAUCACCAUUUCCCUAACCAUUCCCCAAGCAGUGACACCUCCCCAAGCGAGUCCCCAUCACCCCCCCUAAUCCCCAGCCCCACCCCCCUCACCGCCCCCCCUCCCCACCACCACCACCUCCACCACCACCACCAGGUUCAACUCCACCACAUUCAAUAUGAACUCCAAAAGGCAAUUCUCACCCCAAUCCCCACUAAUCCCCGCAUCCCCAGGCCACCCCGAUCCCCCAGGAGGUCACGUGACUCUACCUCCGUGCCCCGUGAUGCCCCGCCCGCCCCGCAUUCACGCCCCGAUGCCCCGCCUCGCCCCCGGUCACACUCCGCUAGCUCAAGAUUCAGAGUGCAACUUGAGAUUCCGCCCCGGCCGUUCUCCUAUACAAGCCCCGUUGCCCCGUCCGCCCCGUCGCCCCCUGAGCCCCCCGCCCGCCCCCCUGAACCCCUGGAUGAAUCCCCCGGCGUGCUACAGGGGAGCGGCGCCCCCCCUCAGCGGUUGGCGGAGCGCAAGAAAACACAAGGCAAUGAGCUCUAUAAGACCAAACAGUACCGGGAAGCUCUACGACUUUACACACAGGCAAUUGAGCUGUGCCCAGACUGCGCCUCGUACUAUGGCAACCGUUCCGCCUGUUACAUGAUGCUGGGGAAGUACACCGAGGCGCUGGGUGACGCUCGAGAGGCUGUACGGCUGGACAAGGCUUUCGUCAAGGGGUACAUCCGCGUCGCCAAAUGCAACAUAGCCCUCGGAGACGCCACAGCUGCCCUCUCCGUGCUGCGGGAGGCCGAGGAGCUGGAGGCCGGGAGCAAGGCUGUGAAGGAGGAGGUUGUACGCGCGAACACACUCACUCGCUGCAUUGACGAGACCGAGAAGGCAUGCGGGAAGGGAGACUACAGAACGGCCAUCUUCCACUUGGACCGGGCCCUGGACCUGGCGGUGGGCUGUCGGGGCUUAAAGACCAGAAAGGCAGAAUACCUGGUUCACCUGAGACGAUAUGCCGAUGCCCAGGAAAUGGUCAACGAGAUCCUUCAGUUCGACAGCACCAACGCGGACGCCAUCUACGUGAGGGGGAUGUGUCUCUACUACCAGGACAACCCCGAGGCGGCCUUCACACACUUCCAACAUGUGCUUCGCCUCGCCCCAGACCACUCCAAGGCCCGACAAGUAUACAAGAAAGCCAAACAGUUGAUGCAGAAAAAAGAAGAGGGCAACGAGGCUUUCAGAAGAGGGCGGUUCCAGGAGGCACUCACCCUCUACACCGACGCACUCUCCAUCGACCCCAUCAACACACACACCAACGCCAAGCUGUACUUCAACAGGGCUGUCGUUCAUGCCAAGCUUAACCAACUUGACGAGGCCACCGAGGACUGCACUGCGGCCAUCAACCUGGAGGAAGGGUACCUCAAGGCUUACCUCCGGCGGGCCAAGUGUUACCAGCAGCAGGAGAAGCACGAGGAGGCGGUGCGGGACUACGAGAAGGUGGUGCGGCUGGACAAGAGUCAUGAGAACAAGAGGUUACUUCAAGAGGCCAAGAUUCAGCUCAAGAGGAGUAAGAGGAAGGACUACUACAAGAUCCUCGGGGUGUCCAAGAGUGCCUCAGAGGACGAGAUCAAGAGGAACUACAAGAAGAUGGCCCUUGUGCAUCACCCUGACCGCCACUCCAGCGCCAGUGAAAAGGACAAACAGGAACAUGAGGUCAAGUUCAAGGAGAUCGGCGAGGCGUACGCUGUUCUCACCGAUGCCAAGAAGCGUGCCCUCUACGACCGCGGGCAUGACAUCAAUGACCCGGAUGGUGGAUUCAGCCACGAAGACAUAGACCCCAGCCAGAUCUUCCAGGCCUUCUUCGGCGGAGGCCACAGCGGCGGAUACACCUUCAACCACGCCGGCGGAGGAUUCCAACAGCAGCAGCAAGGCUUCCCCGGCGGAUUCCCUGGCGGCUUCCACUUCCAGUUCGGCUAAGAGGGGUGUCAGGCGGAGACGGUGGAGCGGAUGAGAGAGAGAGAAUUGUGGAUAAGAAAGAGAGAGAUGAAAACUGAGAAUAAAGUGGAUGAAUGUAAACAAAAAAAGGAAGGGAAAAUAUGGAAGACAAUUUUGUGGUAUGGAAGAAAGGAAAACGGAGGAGAGAGAGAAGAUGGAGGUAAGAGAGAGAAAAUGGGGAGAGAGAGAGAGGAGAAAGAAGGUAGUGAAUAGAAAUAAAAAGAGAAGAAAAAAUGAAGAAAGUAGAAGACAAAUUAAAGAAAAGAAGAAAAUAUAGUUAAGAGAAUUAAAGAAAAGGAGGAAAAAAUGAAGAAAUCGAUUUAAUGAAGAAAUUAGAAGACAAAGUGAAGAAAAAGAAGAAGAAAAGAAGAAA